GACAAAACUAGUCACGUGAUGUGUCAGUGCCGCAUGUACACAGCUCAAAUGUGUUUGUUUACUUCUCGCGGGACGUAAUUUACAGUUUUUCAACAUAAAACGGGAUUUGACCAAAUGAUGGAGGUUGAAACUGCCAGACCAUACUUCUUUGGAGACAUAGGCUGCUGGUCGGAGAGGACCGAGGUGCACAAGGCGGCCUCCGAGGGACAUGCUGCCCAGCUGCAGAAACUCAUCCAGAGCGGAGCCUCCGUCAACAUAGUGGCUGUGGACUCUAUCACCCCCCUCCAUGAGGCAUGUGAAAGGGGGCAGACCCAGUGUGUCAGGCUGCUACUGGAUGCUGGAGCACAGGUGGAUGCCCGUAACACGGAUGGUAGCACCCCUCUGUGUGAGGCCUGCUCGGUCGGGAGCUUUGACUGUGUGAGGAUGCUGCUGGAGCAUGGGGCCAAGGUGAACCCCACCCUCUCUUCCCGGACCACCUCACCCCUACACGAAGCCUGCAUGGGGGGUAAUGCUGAUGUUGUGAAGAUCAUGAUCGCUAAAGGUGCCAGUCUGGAGGCAUAUGACCUGUACUAUGGGACCCCACUUCAUGUGGCGUGUGCCAACGACCACACAGACUGUGUCAAGGCACUACUCAACGCAGGUGCCAAAGUGAAUUAUGCUCGGCUGCACAAGACGGCCCUGCACCAUGCUGCUAAAGUGAAGAGUGCAGACAUGAUCGACAUGCUGGUGGAGUUUGGGGCGAACAUCUACGCCAAAGACAAAAACGAUAAGAAGCCCAUUGACUACAUCGAACCCGGUUCUCCUGCUGCACUCUGCUUAGAGUUUUAUGAAAGUACUCCAUUGAGUCUGCAGCAGCUGAGCAGAGUGACCCUGAGGACGAUGCUGGGUAUCAGAGCUCUGGAGGUCGUAGUUCAACUGGACAUACCGAAGCAAAUCAUUAGCUUCCUCUGUUACCACUGACACCAUUAUCUUACUAAGGAGAAGAAAGGAAGCUCAGACAUUGAAACCUUUCUAUAAAACAUCACAAUUAUCAUAAUGCUACAGUCUGAACCUUAGAUGCCACUAGAUUAGAUGCAUAAAAAUAAUAUGCAUACAGCAAAGCACAGGUUUCCAAACCAACAGUGUUUUUAAGCGGAGCACUUAUUUUUUUGUCUUCAGAAUGUGUGCCAUAUCAUCACAUUAGAUACAUAUUUAAAGAACAGAAGCAUAGGAGGUUUUAAUGGGGACUUUUACAUACAGUUUAUUCCUUGAACUCCCAUAUCUUGUAAACCUACAUGAAAGACAAAUGAGGCCCUCAGGGAAAAUGAAGAAGAGGGGGAGAGGAGAAAAGAAAUGGAGGAGAGGAAGUGACUUUGGCAGCUGAUCCUGUCCACUCUGCAAUACUAUCUGUGGACAAUUCACCAGCAUUUUAGUCGCCAUGACAAUGUGGCAGCAACACAUCCCAGAUCUCCGGUACAUCCUCAGGGAUGAGAAACGGUGUUGCAGCAGGAGGAUGAGCUGCGUUCCCGUUGACACGCUCCAGAUGUCACUAUGUAUCCCAGAUUCCUCCCUGACAUCGGAACAGAAACCACACCUGACAACUGGAUGUGUUUGAGGCGGAUGUGGAAUCCAGGAAACAGAGAACCACCAUGGAAAACGAUCCUGCUUUUUUACCGUUAGCGUCUCUGAGCUGUUGCAUCCACUAUAGCUGAGACGGCCCAGGCCUGAAUACGUUGUCUGUUUUUGGUAUGUGUGAUGAGGGUGUAUGGAUUCCUCAGAGUUACACGAUGUCUCUCUGGUCACUGUAUUGGUACUGUUAUUUGACUUAACCCAUCUUAAUAAUGGAACAGAGGAAUAUGUCUGUUAUUAUCAACAUGAUGUCUAUGUAAGGCAAUGUGCAUUAAUCAAAAAAUUUGUUUAUAAAAGAUUAUGACCUAUUUAAUCUCUCCCCACUGGCCACACUACCUCAUUUCAGUGUGGAUAAUUGGGUAAUAUUUGGUUGAGACGUUAAUCAAUGAGAUUACAACCUACAUUAACCCACUCAAAUUAAAUUCCAAUAGAAAAACAAUGUUGAUUUUUGGUUUAGUUGUCACCCAAAAUGUUUCUUACUGCGCUUUCAACCAUUUUAAAGCACAGCAUAGCUCAAAUGGAAAUACAAUGUCAGAUAUUGAUAAAUCCCUGUGCUUAAUGUAAUAGCAGAACCAAAUGACCUGGAUUGCAGUUGAGAUUACAUUAAAAGUACAUGGGUGCAAGGGAUCAAUGCCGUUUUGAGAUUCUGUGCAGAUUAUUACAGGAGUUGUGAUGAUCUCCACAGACCUGUGAUCUAUGCAUGCUAUCUUGCACAUGCACCCUUUUAUAUGAUUACAGUAACCUCAAAAUGUGGUCAUGGAUGUGUUACUCUUUUUUUAAGUUUGAAUGUUACAUUCGUUUUUUAAGAUAUUCUAAAGUUAAGGCUAUUUACUGUAUUACAAAGUAAUAUUGUGUUUUGUUGACAACACAACCAAAUAUCAACAUUUUAAAGGAGAUUUUUCUUCUGCUUGGAUAGUUCCAUCUGAGCCACUGACUUAGUCUGGCUUUAAUUCCAGUUUGUCUACAAAUUAAUAAUUGCUAUGUUGGAUUCACGACUCCAUCUAACCGAAAACGAAUUUAUUUUCCAUAUAGAUUCCACGUCACAAUAUGUUGACAAAUUGUUGAAACAACGUUUAUAGUACCAAGUACAGCGCAGUGACUAUCCUCUCAGAUAAUCCAAAAUAUGCCCUCGAAAAGCAAUUUAAGUCAGUAUCAUAAAUAAGCUCAAGCAGCCCCCCCCCCAUUUAGCUUCUUCCAAAUCUGGAUGAGCAUGUCUGCUGGACUAUUGAGUAAAUUACAUAUCUGUGUCAAGUGUGAAGGUUGUUAGAUCAUCGCUUGCGGCAUUCGAGAGCUUUUUACCCGGACAGGAACCGAUUUGGACCUGUUUUCUGUGGAAACAACGCGACCUCAUCCAUUACCGUCUUAACCGUUCAGAACACAUCCAGAAAUAAGCUCAGGAGCAGAAAUAGCUGGAGCCCUCCCUGUUCACAUGAGGUAACAAGGAUAAAUGCCCUCUUUCAAAUAGCUUGUAAAAAUAACUGACCCCGGUUCAGAAGGGAUCUGCUACUGCUAAGUCUUAAAAUAGGCUGACCGUGUAGAUGAUGGUUUGAAAGCAUUUUUCUCAGUAUUAACAUUAAGAUGAAACAGACGGAGGAGACGAGAACAGGCAUGAGAAGAAUGUCCAGUUAUAAAACAUAUUUGAACAAAACAAAGUGAAAUUUUGGGAUUUUGGAUCAGCCUUUAAUAAAGGAAUGAUACACCUGUUUCAAAGGCACUUUCUCUGGCUGUUCAGAUAAGGCAAAACCAGUCAAAGAUAUCUGCACAGGGAUUUCAAACAUCGGGUAUUUGGUGCUGUGCAGCCAACAGCACACUUGAUACAGUAUAUUCAUGAAUAAGUAUUGGGUUUUAAGAAUGCUACAAAUACCUAUUUAUUAUGAUACAUGUUUAUGUAACUGUUUAAAUCUGUCAGUCAAAUACUAUUGUAAAUAAAAUAUCCUCCACAGAAAUGUAUGUAUAGAUGACUGUUGCGCUGUAUACUGUGAGACUGGCAUUGUGUGUUAAUGAACGGCAUUGUUGACAUG